AUGAGAUGUGAGUUUUCCCCAUCCUUGCUCCUCACAGAAGGGCACAGCGAGGCCGGGAGCGUUGGUGGUGUCUGCUCUGAAAACUGAUAUUUCGGCCUGCAGUUUCGCCCUAUCUUCCUGCAGCCAUGCUGUCGAGACUUGUGCUAGUCUCAGGUUCUGCCCUGAAGAACAGCGGCUCAUUUGGAGCCUGUGUGGUCCAAGCCUCUCGUUCUCUCCACUCAUCCUCCCAGAGCCUGGCACCUGUGCCCCCUCUGCCAGAGAAAGGGGGAAAAGUCCGCCAUGGAAUCUUCCCAGAGGAGCUUUUCACAUUGCUGUACCCAAAGACUGGUGUCACAGGACCUUAUGUGCUGGGCACUGGUCUUCUGCUGUAUUUGCUCUCUAAGGAGAUCUACGUCAUCAACCAUGAGACUUUCGCUGCUGCCUCCAUUGGUGCAGUAAUCAUUUAUGGGAUCAAGAAGUUUGGUCCCAACGUGGCAGCUUUUGCUGACAAACUGAAUGAGGAAAAAGUGGCAAAGGCCCAGGAAGUGAAAGAACUGGCCAUAACCAGCCUGGCCCAAGCCAUUGAAGAUGAGAAGAAGGAGCAAUGGAGAGCAGAGGGGAGACAGAUGCUUUUUGAUGCUAAGAGGAACAAUGUUGCCAUGCUGCUGGAGAUCAACUACAGGGAACGGCUGCACAUGGUCACCAACGAGGUGAAAAAAAGGCUGAACUACCAGGUGGAGCUUCAGAACAUGCAGCGCCGUAUGGAGCAAGAACACAUGGUGAACUGGGUUGAGCAGAAUGUCAUCAAGAGCAUCACGCCACAGCAGGAGAAGGAGAGUAUUGCCAAGUGCAUCUCAGAUCUAAAGGCGCUGGCUAAGGCUACCCAGGCCAGGGCCACAGUAUAAGUUUGCCCUGAAGGACCCUUUCCACGAUGAAGCCACCUGCUUUUCAUCAUGAGUAAACUAUUUCCUCCUAAAGUUGAUCUGACUAUGUUGACAAGUGUACAUACACCUAUUGAAUAAAAUAUUUGGUUAUUCACUAAA